ACAAUUGUUCGUGGCAGCAAGCUUGGAGUGGACGGCUCUCUGACCUGGCUGCUGGAUGAGUUUGACACCAUGUCUGUGACCCGUUCCAACUCCCUGCGACGAGGCAGCCCGCCCAUCCAGCCUCGCAAGGACUCGAGCUCCUCAGUAGGAGGGCAGGAGAACGGAGAUCCUCACCACAGACACUACUCACACCCAGACAGAGACCGACCCAGACCCGACCACCACCAGGUUGGGGGUGACCCCCGCCAGGGUCAGCGUGCGCUCCGUCCUCCUCAGUGGGAUGAGGGAGUCCAGAGUCGGCCCCAGCAGCAGCCCCGGGGCCAAGAGCCUAGCAGAGCCCACAGGGACAGACCAGGUUCCGGCCCUCCUCCGCCCCCUCACAGGGACAGAGAGCCUCGAGACCGGGACCAGGUGGAUCAAACCACUGACCACAGGCCAAAGUCCAGCUAUAUGGUGCGGGACGGCAGCCCUCAGUCUCCCAGAGACAAGAGGCCUCUCUCUGGGCCCAACAUCCGCACCCCGAACCUGCCAGUAACAGAGGGGGUCCUGAAAACUGCCCAACAGACCACACGGCCAUUCAACACAUACCCGAGGACAGACAGUGAGGGCGGACGCAGCCCCACAGGACAGCCGGUUCGACACCAUGAAUCCUCCCCUCAAAACGGCCCUUCUAGUGGCUCCAGCCGAGCGUCCUCCGGCUCCAAGCCCCCUGUAAGUCACCCACACCCUCAUCACACCUCCCACCCCAGUCUGACCCCUGAGGCCACCCAGCACCCUCACACCCCUCACCCCAGCGUUCCAGCCCCGCGGCCCCCUGUGCCCUCUGGGCCCCCGGCAUCAGGUGCUCCGUCACAGGGCCGCUCACCACAGAGGGAGCCCCAGAGGGUCUCCCACGAGCAGUUCAGAGCGGCACUACAGAUGGUGGUGGAUCCUGGAGAUCCACGGACCUACCUGGACCACUACAUAAAGAUAGGGGAGGGGUCCACGGGGAUUGUGUGUAUUGCCACAGUGAAGACCACCGGCAAACUGGUCGCCGUGAAGAAGAUGGACCUGAGGAAACAACAGCGCAGAGAACUCCUCUUCAACGAG